GUUUUACAAAAGACACAGAGCUAAAUAAACACGAGAACAUCCAAAGAGCAGUCCAAGAAGCCCUUUCAGGCAAACUUCUACAACUACCUAGUCACCCAGAUAACAUUUCUGAAAACAUACAACAAAUGUUACCUUUUACCUUACCUAUAAAAAACAAAGCCCACACCAAAGCAGUAGUCACAGCACUUCAUCGCAUUUACCAAUUUGAUCAGCUACCUGAAGAAUACUUUGCAAACUUGGACCCUCUUCCAACAAAUCUGGCCAAUCUUCACCCUGCACACUCCCACCCCUCCCAGAACCUACCUGGGGAAUCUUUUCUUAAUAACAUGACUUCAUCUAAUAAUGCUGAACUUGCUUACCAAGCAACAUCACCCCAAACUAACCCUACCACCACAGAUACAUUAACUGAAAAUAAUACAACAGAACAUGAAUACGACGCUGCUC